CUGUCCGUCGUUGCGGCAGGGGUUAUCUUGACUGCCAAUAAUCCUUCAUUCGUUGAUGUUUAACCAAACUUAAACUGUCCUUGCAUUUGUUAUGGUUUAUUGUAAGCGGAGUUAAAUGAGAACAGGAGCUAUUCAGCUAGACAUACUCUGGCGCUGCCUAGGAUUCCUAACAGCAAGAUGGUAUCCUACAAACUCCUAACUCCAGAGGAUGUGUACUUUUCUGGGUCUGCAUCUGCUGAGGAGCCACCGGAGGAGCGGGUGGAAGACAACCCCCCUGAAAGCCCCCUGCUGGAGAAGCAGUCUGUAUGCUCCAGCUCAUCGGGAUUCAUGGCCCUUGGAGCUCUGCUCUUGGUGGUCUGUGGUGUUUGGUUAAUUGGCACUAUUUUUUGGUUGCACAACCCGAGCAAUCAGUUUCCCCACAGACCGCCGCCUCCUGCUUCAGCUUCAGCUUCACGAGCUCCGGAUAGGGUGGCCAAUUCUCCGCAGUCCUGCAGCGCCAUCCCUGAGAACUGGCGCUUUGACUGCUACCCAGAGAGAAUCGUUGUAACACAGGACCUCUGUGAGGCUAGGAAUUGCUGCUUCGUCCAGGUAUCUCCGGAGAAUCCUCCGUCCAAGAACGGCAUCCCCUGGUGUUUCUACUCCCCAGACUUCCCUACGUACUCAGUGGCCACGCUGAAUGAGACUCAACUUGGCUACACAGCACAGCUGAAGAAGGCAGAGAAGACCUAUUACCCCAUGGACAUUGAGACCGUGCAGCUAGAUGUCAUGUUUGAGACUGACUCCCGUCUCCAUGUGAAAAUUACGGAUCCUGCCUCCCGCCGCUUUGAAGUCCCCAUCUCUGUACCCAACGCCACGAAAAAAGCACCCAGUCCUCUUUACACUGUGGAGUUCUCCAAGAAUCCCUUUGGCUUGAAAGUGAAAAGGACGGCAACUAGAACUGUGCUAAUUGAUACCAGCGUGGCUCCCCUGUUCUAUGCAGACCAGUUCUUACAAAUAUCUACUUCCCUGCCCUCACGUUUUAUUUAUGGCCUGGGGGAGCAUCGAGCUGCCUUUCUGCAUGACGUCGAGUGGAACACGCUGACCAUGUGGGCUCGAGAUGCUGCACCGGUGGAAAAGACUAACUUGUAUGGCGUUCAUCCUUUCUACCUGGGCAUGGAGCCGGGUGGUUUGGCUCACGGGGUCUUCCUGUUGAACAGCAAUGCCAUGGAUGUGGUGCUGCAGCCAGCUCCGGCCCUCACUUGGCGAACCGUCGGCGGUAUCCUGGAUUUGUACAUCUUCCUGGGCCCAGAUCCCAGCUCUGUAGUGCAGCAGUACUUGGAGGUUGUUGGCCUUCCUGCCAUGCCGCCUUUCUGGGCAUUAGGCUAUCACCUGUGUCGCUGGGGAUAUAAUUCCAGUGAUAAUACAUGGAACGCUGUGAAGACCAUGAGGAAGUAUGGGAUACCUCAGGACGUACAGUGGAAUGAUAUCGAUUACAUGGACAAGUCUCUGGAUUUCACCACUGACCCUCAGAAUUUUGCGACCCUACCAGAUAUGGUGAAAGACCUUCACAGUCACGGACAACGUUACGUCAUGAUCCUGGACCCAGGAAUCAGCAGCACCCAGCCGGCCGGCUCCUACUGGCCUUAUGACGAAGGCUUGAAGAGAGGCGUCUUCAUCAAUGACUCCAGUGGGCAAACCUUGAUUGGGAAGGUGUGGCCCGGUUUGACUGCUUUCCCAGACUUCUCAAACCAGGAGACACAUGAAUGGUGGUUUGAGAACCUGCAGAGGUUUCAUGCCAAAGUUCCCUUUGAUGGAGUGUGGAUUGAUAUGAAUGAGCCUUCGAACUUCUUGGACGGAUCGCUGAAGGGAUGCCCGUCCAAUGAGCUGGAAGACCCACCCUACUCACCUGGGGUUCUUGGUGGGACCCUCAGAGCCAAAACGGUCUGUGCUUCUGCCCAGCAGAAAGCAUCAGUUCAUUAUAACCUCCACAGCCUGUACGGUCUAAUGGAGGCCAAAGCUUCCUCCAGUGCCUUGAAGAGGAUUCUGGGAAAGCGGCCGUUCGUCAUAUCACGCUCGACUUUCCCCAGCCAGGGGCUCUACUCGGGACACUGGCUGGGAGAUAACCAGAGUCGGUGGAAGGAUUUACACACGUCCAUCUGUGGCAUGCUGACCUUCAACAUGGUGGGUAUCCCUCUAGUGGGAGCUGACAUCUGUGGCUUUGGGGGCACCACCACCGAGGAGAUGUGUGUGCGGUGGACACAGCUUGGAGCUUUUUACCCUUUCUCCCGCAACCACAAUUCCAUCAACCAGAAGGCCCAGGACCCCACCGCCUUCAGCCCUGCCGGGCGGACGGCCAUGCAGGAGGCGCUGUUGCUACGCUACUCGCUCUUCCCGCUGCUCUACACGCUGUUCCACCACGCCCACGUGGACGGAUGCACCGUGGCCCAGCCACUGCUCUUCCAGUUUCCAAAUGACGAGAAGACUUAUGCAAUCGAUCGGCAGUUUCUAUUGGGGAAGAUUUUGCUGGUGACUCCUGUUUUGGAGCAAGGUGUCAAUUAUGUGGUUGGAUAUUUCCCCGAAGGGCUGUGGUACGAUUUUUUCACGGGGGACUGUCUGAGGAGCAGCGGUGAGGAGGUGAAGCUGGAUGCUCCCCUCUAUAAAAUCAACGUUCACCUACGUGAAGGAGCGGUCAUUGCCAGACAGAGGGCCAACACCACCCUUUGGGUGACCAGCGGACAGCGCCUCCACCUCAUCGCCACGCUGACGGACGAGGGCACCGCCUCCGGAGACCUGUUCUGGGAUGACGGGGAGACCAUAGACACCUACGAGAUGAACCAGUAUGCCUACGUCGUGUUCGAUGUGGCCAAGAAUGUGAUGACUUCACAAGUGCUCCAUGAGAACACAGAGGCCACCUACAUCACUUUGGAGACUGUGUCCUUUUUUGGAGUGAAAAAGGAACCGACCAAUGUAACUGUGAAUUCCCAGGACGUCCCUUUUACAUACAAGGCGAAUCAGGUUUUAACCGUGAGAGAUCUUGGUCUCAACCUCAGUCAGAACUUCACAAUCAGCUGGGCUUAGGUGGCUGUUGGGCGUAACCAAGUAAUAAUACCCUGUGCUGCUGGAUCUGCUCUGAUUACCAAACUUGUGCUCUCUGUGAAAAUCACCUGGUAGCGUUCAUGGAAUUAUAAUAGUAAUUAUAUAUGUAUAUUUGGUCUGUUGAUUUUUAUGCUCGCGCUUCUGAGCUUUAUUGCACUAUUAAGGACCACUAAAUGUACACUGUAUGGGUAUUAAGGGGUAAAACCAACGACUGUGAAAUGUUUUACGUAAAAAGUUCCAUUCUUGGUUUUGCUUCUUUUUUUGCUUUUGUUGUGAAAUUGUUCGUAUAGGAACAAGAUGCAAAAUUAGGUGUUAGGUAACACAGCCCCAUGUCUCAGAAUUGCAGUAGUUACAUUGUGCCUUAAAUCUCUCCUGCUGGGAGUUCAUAACAUAGUGAACAAAAGUCCCACUGACAAAGUGACACUUCGGGAAUCGAUGGAACAGUUUAAUAAGAAUGUAUUAACUAAUGUAACUUAUGUGUGUGAGUGUGUGUGAUAUAUAUGCUCUGGACGGGUUUUCCAACAAGUACACGGCAGGCAGUGAACACAUAAAGCCAAUUAGUGUCAUCCAUCAGUCACCCUUUUAUCUGUUGUGUGCUGCUCUCUCUUCAUGCAUGAGAAUUGAACUGUAUUGAAGUAUAAAUUAAGCAAAUAACAAAGCAUUUGAUGCUUCAUUGCACUAAACCUGUUUGAGUUGAAUUUUUAAAUUGAAAUGUUUUGUUUUAGACCAGCAAUAAAAUAAAAUUUCAAGCUUGUCCUUUUUAAUUUAAUGUCCUUUUUAAUCAAAUGGCAUAAUGCAGUGUUCAUUAAAUCUGUACAGUUUUA